CAGCUCCAGAUAUAUAAGUAUAGCUCAGUCACAGAAUAGGAAGUUAUUCUACUUUUCCCUGAAAUGGAUAUUUUUCAACAUAUUUAAAAACCAGUAGAUACUCAGUCAGUCAAAUGUCGAAGGUAUUUAUUUGGUUGUUUGUUUCUACUAUUACAUUAUUUUUAACACAAUGACUUGAGUAUGUUGUGUAUCAUCUAUUUCGUAUCAUAUAGUAAUAGUAUAUUAAUUAUUAAGCUUGUUAAUAUUGCGCUAUCAAUAUUAGAAAUAAUUCUAAGAAUUUUGAUGGAUUUGUAAGAAAUGUUUGAAUGAACUGACUCGGUGUUUUGGGCAUUGAAUUAGUUGAUUUAGUUCCCGUCGGUUCUACCAACCAUUUCUUACAAAUCCUUCUAAACUUUACCCAGGCUGAACUUUAUAUACAAAAUUCUGCUCUGAGUGAUCAAAAGUCUGAUCAAAAUUCUUUUGAAUUGGAUCAAACACCAACAUGGUGGCUGUGAUGUCAUAUUAGCCAAUUAUACAAAUUAUAGUUCAGCUUCAUAGUCUGUUGUGAUUUUCUGUAAUGCAUUCUGUUUUUCUCUAGCUAUUUAUCAGCAAAUACUGGGAAUGAUGAUAAAAUUAACAUUUCACACUUUUUAUGCAUGUUAAUUUAUUAUGCUGUAGAAGCAUGAAAAUAUAAACAGAUGUUGAUCGAAUAAUUAACAAUUAUUCGCCGAAGGCGAGGUGAUUAUCGGGAAAUAUAUUCAUUGGGAAGAAAUCGAGGUGAAUGUUCCCCGAUAAUCACCGAGCCUGAGGCGAAUAAUUGUUUUAGUAUAAUUUUUGCACAAGUUUUUUUUGUGUUUUUCUGGUCUGAAUUCAUUUUAAUUUCGCUUAUUUCUUUAUCACUAUAUAACUUCAACAAAUCGACCAGCCGCCAUUUUUAAAAUUUUGAUUUUGUUAUGUUCACCUGUAGGUGAAUAUAACAGAUUAAUACGUCAAAUUUGACCAAUCACCUUGUUAGGAUUUGCUAUGUUCACUUGUGCAAAAAUACUAAAGUUCAACAUUUUGAAUUAUACCGAAAUGUAAACAAAGGCUUUGUUUAUAUAUACGGACUGUACCCUGCCUUUAAUUAAUAAAAUUUAUAGUUUACAACUCUUGAUAGCUCCAUAUAGGUGGGACCUAAAUAUACAAUAAUAGUGUGAUUUGCUUCCAAUUAACGCAUUGAGAAAAAGAACUAAAUUUUAUCAUGCUAUUUGCCUAUUAAUAAAUUGGCAUACCGAUGAUAAUAAUUACAAUUUAUUAAUAGGCAAAUAGCAUGAUAAAAUUUAGUUCUUUUUCUCAAUGCGCUAAUAAUUCCCUUACAAAAAAAGUCUAUAGGCCUGGCCUAUAGGCCAACCUAUAGGUUCCUAUAGGAAACCUAUAGGUUUUUAUAGGCAAUUGGGACAUUUUCUAUAGGUGAACUAUAGGGAUGCCUAUAAGCCUAUAAAGAUACAUGCCUAAAGGCUUCUAUAGGGAAUUGGAACAUUUCCUAUAGGCCACCUAUAGACUUUUUUCGUAAGGGUUUGUAGCAAAGCAUAACCAGGGGCGUAGCGUGUGGGGGGUGUGGGGGGGUGUGACACCCCCCAGUUUUAGUGAGGUAGUCGGUAAAACGCUAAGUUAUUCGGUAAUGGCAAGAGCCAUGACAGCAGUCGGUAAAACAAAUCGGUUAAAGUGGAAUUUUGCUUCUCGGUAAAUGGCUUUUAAUAAUAAAAAAAAUUAAAUUAAUGUUGUGCCUUGUUCUCCAAUAAAGUUAUGCAAAAUGUACGUAAUUCUUCAGUAUUAAAACACUUAUAUUAAAUAUCUACGCAUAAGCAUUGGAGCCCCUAAUUUCCUAUCGUAUUACACUUGCAAGAGCUGCGAAAACAGUCGGUUCUGAUUGGACAUGUUCAACUGUGCGCGAACUUUUGACCUUGAUACAAUGAUACGCAAAAGAAUUAAAGAUUAUAUUUAUAUAUUUGUUAUUGACACGCGGUGCUCAUAAAAUGUUUCGCCAAUUUUUCAAGUCUGUUCUUUACAAUAAACAACAAGAUAAAUGCCUUAUCGCGAAGUAACAAAGACAACAAUUAUUCCAAUUAAUAAAGCGUUUGCUACGUUUCUGGUUCUAUGUUAUUUCUAGACGGCUGACUAAAGUCACGGUAAGUGUCAUUAAAUUAAACACGCGCCGAAAUAUUUAUUUGUCAAUUGCUGUAUAGCUGUUAUGGUAUAUGUUAUAUGUAGCGUAUAAGGGGCGGUCACGGAUUCUAAUAAAACCUCACGGUGAGCUCACACUCACAGUCUCACAGCUUGUUAAUAUCUGACGGAUUCUCACGGAUUUCGAAAAUAACACAACUUCAACAAUAUGGUUUUGUUUGAUAUAAAUAAAAGCUACCAAACCUUGUGUGUAUAAGGUACAGAAGGCUCUGAAAAUGCCAUUUCCAACGAUCUAGAGAUUCCAUAUUUUCAAAAAAUUUCCGCUCGGCGCCAACCAUGGUGGUGCCUCGUGGCGCGUGGGUCGGUAAAACUUAGAUGUUACACCCCCCCCCAGUUAAAAAGGUCAUGCUACGCCCCUGAGCAUAACCACUAUACAGAAAAACAAAACAAAUUACAGUAAAUUACAACAGACUACACUACAUAAGCGGGACACUUUUUGUAUUUGAAGUGUAAUAACCCUUCCAGUAUAUAGCCAAGCUAGUGAUGUAGUAUUGUGGUGUAUUUGACAUUUCAUUAGGACAGUGAGCUAUCUUAUGCUACCAUGGAAACUUGUGUCAUUGACAUAGUGGAUGACCAGUGGCGCAAGGAUCAAUUACCUUUUGAUGGUAAGAUAUAGUGAACAUGUCAUUUCUUCUACGCACAAUCUUCUACCAUUGUGUCGAUGUCUCGCUCUAGACUGGCCUUGCAAAUACCUCAGGGAAACGUUUCAAGAAUGUUUUCACAUUGCUUAUGUUUUUCAUGUCGUUUUCAAAAAAUUACUCCAAAAAUGGCAAAUUUGGCGUUCGUGAGAAAGGCUAUAAUUGUAUCAGUUUUGAAAAACUGUCUUGCAUGGUGCUUAUGUAACAGUGUCAUUGUUAUAGCCAGACUGUUUGGUUUGCAUGUGUACCUGUGCAGAAGUUUCGGCUGAAUUUCUGUCUGUGCAUUUUCUGGAAACAGAAUCCACAUAUUUUGGAUAAAAUUAAUGCAUAAAUUUAUGCAGGGCCGGAUUAACGUCGCGCGAGGCCCGCGGCAGAUUUUAGCACGAAGCCCCUCAACCCUCCCCCCCCCCCGUUAUGAAAACCUUUGCAAUUCAAAGACACACACAAUUGUUAAAUAAUUGCUUUCAGUAUUUCAAUUGAUUGGCAUCAAUUAUAAACAAUUGCCUGCCUGGCCCAGUUGCUGGGUCAACAAUAUAAACAGGAUCAUAUAUAACAGAUCAGCGCAACUGGAGAUUACAUGCAUACGAGUAUUGUAUAUUUUUCUGGGGUAAACUGCCAAUCCUAGGGGCCCUAAAUGCGCGAUGUCCCUAAUUCGCGAGGCACCUAAAAUGGGCGUAUCCCAAUAGAAAAUAGGCGUGUUUUCGUAAAAAUGGGCGUGGCACAGUAAAGCGCAAGGCCCCCAUAAGCGCGAGGCCUGCGGCAUAUGCCGCAUCUGCCACGUGGUUAAUACGGCCCUACAUUUAUGGCACAUCAGGGCGUAUUGCCACUUAAAUGAUUAAAAAACUACCGAAUAGUACAGAUAUCACUCCCAAGUUUUCUAUUUUGUGUGGAUUAUUUUUUAGACAUUCUCAUUCCCGAGAGAGAAUUGCCGCCAAGUGAUGACACUGACAGUACGUUUUAGUGUGCUUAUCAUAUAAUAGCCUCCUGCGCAGACGUUGUUAGUGGCCGAGGCCUCAGAGGCCUCGGCCACUAACAACGUCUGCGCAGGAGGCUAAUCAUAUAAUUGCACUUAAAUUUUCCUUAUAUGUAAAAACAAAAACUUUGGGUCAUAUUCAAGCCAUAUGUUGUUGCAUUUACUAAAUAUUGAUAAUUGUUGAUGUUUAUAUUAGAUAUGGAUUAGUGUUGUUUUUAUUAGAUGUUAAUAAAUGUGCACUCUAAUUACUAGAUAUUGAUAUUUCUGAAACCAUGAGAGAACAAGAUGAAAAAUGGAUGGACCUUGGCCUUCAAAAUUUACAGGAAUCACCAAGACAUAAUUGAAUAAUUGUUUUGUCGAUAUAGCUAGCUAGAGAAGUUAUUUUGACAUUGUUUAUUUAUUUACUGCAUGUGUGGAUACAUUGUAUGGCCUCAUAGGUUUUUUUGCAGUUCACUAAAAAUAUAUUUGACAACAAUCAGUGAAUCGAAGAAGAAGACAUAUUGUUAGCACAGCAGUUUUCUGGGAAAUUGCAUGUUCUUGGAUAAUCUGACAUACUACAUUGAUAAAGUCAGGGUGUUCCAAAAAACCCGCAAAACCAUUGAAAUAACGUAUUGUUAAAAUUUGAAUGCCCUAACACUAAGCUGAGCGCAAAGAUGUGUAAAAUAUUGACAAGGGUGCAUUUAUAAAUAUUGACUUAUUAAGAAAUUAAAAUAUCUUUGUAAAGCGCACAAUUUUCUGCUCUUGAGAAUUUAAAACAGCUUCUUAAACGGUUUCUUUGUGCAUAAAAUUUACUUAAGCUUUGAUACACGUGUGGGUUCAGCAAAGUGCUGAGGCAUUCAAAUUCUAACAAUACGUUAUUUCAAUAGUUUUCUUCUUUUUUGGGGAAUAUUAUGAGAGAUAUAUACCCAAUAUUGAAUUAAUAAUGUUUCAUGAUUUCAACAUGAUACUUAUAUUACUGUUUCAUUGGCAGCCAUAUAGUUCAUGCCAACACAUAUUUUGCACACCAGGUA